AUGAGUGCCAAAGUGACCAUGGAGGCUCCAUCCAAAGAAGCUGACUGCACCCCUGUGGACCCAUCGCCUUCAUCCACCAGCGAGGCCAUCCUUAUCUGCAGCAGUGACAGCAUUGCCAAGAAAACCCGACCGCAGCCCCACACCACCACAGCUCUUCUCCUGCCAGCUCCUGGUCAUCAGAAAGUGGAGUUGACUCCAGCUGUUGCCGUGGGAAACCCAGGUAAAGGCAGCAGACCCAAUGAGCUGGCUGCACCUGCUCUGACAGCGCAGGUGGGCGGGGCUUGUAGCAUCUUCCACGUCCUGGAGUGGAAGGAGGGGAUGGCCAUCCUGCCCAGUAGCAACCUCAAGUUUUGUGUGAGUGACGUAGGAGCUCUGAGCACAUUGAUAACCCCAGGGACCACCAGUGGCACUACCAACCCAACAGCAGGGACUUCUGGGAAAUCUGAUCCUGAAAGAGCUCCAAACAAGCCAGAAGUACUGGCUCCUGUCGGGUCCCUGAGAGCUGCAGCUGUGGAGCCUGACAGGUCAGUGCCAGUCAAACCUGAAGUCCAGAUCAGACUGGAGCAACAGAACCAUGAUCCCAGACCUCAGAGGAGCUUUAACGAAGAGCUACGCAGGGACCCCCUUUCUGAAAAGAGGAGUGUCGGUGUGGAGAAGGUGCCAGCAGGUGGGAGGGUCUCCGUCCUUAAUCCAGAUCACUUGAAACCUAUGAGGAAGAGGAAGAGGAAGGAGUAUCUGAGCCCCUCUGAGGAAGACUCUGACCUCGAAGGACCAGAUGAGAAGAUGGAUUAUUCUAAAGUGGACAUGCGACACAUCAGAGGUGUGGACAGUAAGACAGAGCUGUGGACGUGGGCUCAGUGUCUGGAGGAAACCAAAGCUGUUGCUGCUCCUGAAAAUCUUUUCCACCAAUCUCAGAGAGUCCCCACAGUGAAGAACGGUUUCAAGCAGGGGAUGAAACUGGAAGGCAUCGACCCACAACAUCCGUCCAUGUACUUCGUCCUCACCGUGGCUGAGGUGUGUGGUUAUCGGCUGCGGCUGCAUUUCGACGGCUACUCUGACUGUCACGACUUCUGGGUGAACGCCAACUCCACUGACAUCCACGCUGCAGGCUGGUGUGAGACCACAGGACACAAACUGCACACUCCCAAAGGCUGUAAGGAGGAGGAAUUUACUUGGAUCAACUAUCUGAGGAUGACUAAAGCUCAAGUUGCUCCCAAAGAACUUUUUGCCAGUCCUGGAAGGCUCGAUGUAAAGUGUGGCUUUGAGAUAGGAAUGAAGCUGGAGGCAGUGGACCGCAUGAAUCCCUCCCUCAUCUGUGUAGCAACCGUCACUGACGUGGUGGACAAUCGCUUCCUGGUUCAUUUUGACAACUGGGAUGAUACAUACGACUACUGGUGUGAUGCCAGCAGCCCGUACAUUCAUCCUGUGGGUUGGUGCCAGGAGAACAACCUGCCACUAACACCACCCCAAGAUUAUCCAGAUCCGGGCCAGUUUUCCUGGUCUCGGUACCUGGAGGAGACAGGUUCCAAGGCUGUAGCUGCAGAUGCCUUUAAAGUGAGACCAGCUCACAGUUUUCAGCCUCGGAUGAAACUGGAAGCUGUGGACAAAAGAAGCCCUGGUCUGAUCAGAGUUGCCACGGUGGAAGAAGUCGACACUCAUCGCAUUAAGGUCCAUUAUGAUGGCUGGAGUCAUGUCUACGAUGAGUGGAUGGACUCGGAUCACCCGGACAUACAUCCAGCAGGCUGGUGUGAGGCAACCGGUCAUCCGCUAAAAGUUCCUCCUCGGGACACCAAGACACAACAGCCACAUGGUGUGAGAGAGCCUCCUACAAUGUGCCAGGCCACCUACCCUUCCACUGUUCCCUGUAAACCCAUCAGCCAUCCCAGAGCCAACAAGUACAGCUUCCACAACAGGAAGUGUCCAACUCCAGGCUGUGAUGGUUCUGGACAUGUGACGGGCCGCUUCACUGCUCAUCACUGCAUAUCAGGCUGCCCACUGGCAGAGCGCAACCAAGGCAGGCUGAAGGCCGACCUGUCGGACUCAGAGUGCAAGAGAAACUUCUUCUUCAGCCAGCGGACAAAGAAGGCUCAUUACCGUGGCAGGAUCGGUCGUCCUCCCAAAUACAGAAAGUCCCAGCAGAGGGACUACCAGGACACGUCCUCAGAGGUGUUGUACCCGUCCCUGUUCAUGUCAGCUUUAAGCGGUCAGUCGGACCGGACUCUGUCUCUCUGCUGGGAGCAGCACUGUAAGCUGCUGCCCGGCGUUCAGGGCAUUCACGCUAGCCAGGUGGCAAUGUGGAAUGUUGAAGAGGUCUUCAUGUUUGUCCAGAACCUGAUUGGAUGUGAAGACCAGGCUCGUCUCUUCAAAGAAGAGAUGAUUGAUGGGGAAGCUUUGCUGCUGCUUACUCAGACCGACAUUGUGAAGAUCAUGAGCAUCAAGCUAGGCCCCGCCCUCAAGAUCUCCAAUGCCAUUCUCAUGUUCAAGACCACAGACGAAGGACUCAAGUGA